AUGGCAUUGUCGUCGCAGGCCCUUUCUUCAAAGAGCUUUAAGCGCAGUUACCUGAAGGCACUUACCAGCAAUACCAAUGGCCAACAGAGCAGGUUUGUCACAAACAAAAGAUUUCACCUCUUGAAUACUUUGCCAUCUCACCACCGUGCUUACUACUCAUCUUCUUCUGAUGAGGACGACCUUGAACAUGAGUACUCUGCUGCCGAACAAGAACAGCUAGAGUCAUCUAUCUUUGAUAGAAAGCGUCGGUUCUCCUUGCCAUAUAACAGAAGACUCUCUGUGGUUUCCAAGCCUAUGAGAAGAAAUAGCAAAUGUGUUGCUGACUCAAGCAAUGUAUUGAAGAACCUAAAUUCCAAUUCCAAUAUCACAAAAAUUAUUAGCGCCGCCACCGGCUCAGAAUUCAUCAAUAACAAUAAUGAUGAAGUUAUCAGUAAUAAUAUACCUCUCGCCAGUGAAAAUAUCGUACCACAAUGUCAAUCCUUGCCUAGUUCUGACAGAGCUGCUAGAGCCAGAUGCUUUGACUAUUUGAUGGGUGCUAUUGAUGAAGCUUGGGCUCGUUAUUGUGACACCACUUCAUUUGCUGAAGAAAGGAUGUACAAUCGUAUGGAUGCGUCCACCGACUUCCCAACCACUCCAAUGUCUGCUGCUAGCUCAGACUAUGAUUCAGAUUACAAAACUGAUGGAACAGAAUUGACAGAUUAUGAAUCAGAGUUUGAAUAUACCAACAAGAAGACUGUGUCUCAGCAGCCGGAAAGUAUCAAGAUUCAAAACCUUAAGGAUCGUCUAAUCAAAGCCAAGAAUUUUUUGCAAGAUUUUGUUGAUUCUGAUGAUUCCGAGGAUGUUGCUGCAUUUUGGGGUCGCUGGGACUUGAUCAAAUAUGCCACUAUUGAGUUGGUUGAAGAUGAUGAUGACGAUGAGGUAAUUGAAGAUACAAUUGAAGAUUUGGAAAAGGGUCGUUGCUUUUAA